AUGUCAUCGACAUACUCUUAUACGGUCUCUCCAGCGUCGCUCCACGGCCAUCUGGACGAUCGUGAACCGGGCCCCGAACCCCACCACGCUGACCCGCGCAGUACCAACUUCAACCAUCCCGCCGCUUCUGACACCCAGCAGUUGCUGUCGCCCUUCUCGUCUCAUAAUCGGAGUAACUCGGCCUCACCUGCCACCAACUCACACACGCCUGCAGAGUCCACUUCGACCCUGAGCAUCUACCCCAGCGACUUCAGCAGCGACGUCGAGGACCCCUUCUUUGGCGUCGACUUUAACAAUUUCGAGGGUGGAACGCCUUCUUUCCUUGAGGACCCGACCUCAUUAACGCCAGAGCUGCAGCAGGAUUGGAACCAAAGGCCCACUAGUGAUCCCUUCUAUGGACAGUCGGGCUCUCCCUUGUCUCCGGACCACACCUCGAUAGAGCCGAGUGUGUCGGCCCCUCAACUUACACCAGACACAAACGCAGGGAGUUGGUCCAGUGCUGACAGCCCUGCUCCAGCCGCCAUUACCAUGACUAGUCCACGUGUGACAGUCUCGGUAUGGGGUAAAGACGGGGAGGAUCCCGUGCAUACUGCUGAGAGAUCGUUCAGCCCAUCAUUGCAGGAUUCACUUAGCCUACGCCUGAACAACGAUGACGCUCUCUCCGUGGAAACUCUCCAUGGAUCCGCACCCAGCGUUUCGCGGGACAACCGCGGGAAUUGGCUUCCUGAUACUACAACUGGUCAGCGAGGUCUUGAUCCCGAGAGCCGACCGCCAGGAGAGACAGUGAGUAUCAACCAGCUAGCCUCCGCUCGUAAAGUGGACGAUAAAAACCUGGAAAUUGCCUCGUGGGUGUCCGAUACAGUUGGGCAAACGGGCGAUCCAUCGACCGCGGGCACUGCAAAUCCAACCACCAACCAAAGCGCACAAGAGCGUGAUAACAUUCCUGAUACCGAGAUACCACUCGGCCACAAAACAGUGAAUAGACACGCACCGGGCCAGGUCUACUAUAGGCUAGGGUCGAAUGAGGAUGCAACUGCAGACGCGCGCUAUAACGGCUUAAAUGAGACUGAUCUGGAUAUGUUGCCCCACCGCAAUUGGGGUGACUCGCCAAUGAUCCAUCCUAUAUCGCAGAUAGACUCGAGGAGACAUCAGCCGGAAAGCUCGCAAGCCGCAAUAGAAAGGUUUGAAAGGAUGUGCCACGAUAACGAAUCCGUCGUCUCUCACGCCGCCACAUGGGGAACCCGCCGACGGAGCUUACCCAGCAUCAUUGAUUCGGAGGGCAUCAUCAGUGGCAAUCUCUUCAAGAAACUGUCAAUCAGAGGUGACUCCUCCUCGCCUCGUCGGUCUAGUCUGCUCAGGAAGAUACCUGCCAUCGUGAGAAGGCCAAGUGCAAGCCAACUCCUCAAGCGCAAGGGUACCAACGGGGAUGAGAUGGUGUCCGAGGAGUCGAACCAAGGCGAACGAAGAGAAUCCCGAGAUAGCUUGGCUCCACCGAGUCGUACCUCGAGUUGGGGCAUCAAGCAGAAACAGAUGCCGAGUCUCAAUACUGCAAUCGUUAGUAUGGCUACCGGUGCUGCAUCCAUUGGAGCAGCACACGCUAGGAAUGGUUCGAUAAGCGCUAGCUCUAUGGCAUCCCCCAAAAGCCCAUUCGGCUUGGGUCCUGUCAAGAAUACUCUGAGAAGACCAAGGAGCAAGACAGAGAUACCGAGGACGGAGGCGUCACACCCCAAUAUUGUAGGCAUGCUGAAGAAGGCCGGCGGCCCCCCUGUUGCACAGUUGGCCAAGUCUCAGCCAGGGCUUGAUGCAGACGACGAUGACGAUGACGAUGACGAGGGUUUCGACGACGCUGAUAUGAAGACUGCUAACACCAGAGCUGAUGAGAUCGUCCCCAACUUUGAGGGCUUCCAGCAACACAUUCUCCGUCUUAAUCCUACACUCUCCAAUACCAACGGGUACCUGGUCGAGCGCAUUGCACACCAAAUGGUCGUUCGAUACAAGAACCUUCAGAACCAGAAGAUCAAACAUCUGGGGGCUACCCGCUCACGACAAUGUCAGUCCGGUGCUUUCUGCCUUGAACAGGGGGGAGCUGCGAUGCCUUUGGAUAGUAGAGGUGACAUUCGUGGUGGUGACCCCUUAUCACUUCGACCUGAUUCUUCAGACGGCGAUACCACACCUCUUGAAGGCGGGAUCAACGCGGAAAGUUUUCCAAUGGGUAUCCCUAUGCCACCCACGACUGUGCUACCCGCUGAAUUCGAGUGCCAGAUAUGUUUCAACGCUCGCAAGUUUGUCAAGCCUUCAGACUGGACUAAACACGUCCAUGAGGACGUCCAACCCUUUACUUGCACCUGGGACAGAUGCCGUGACCCAAAAAUGUUUAAAAGGAAAGCAGACUGGGUCCGUCAUGAGAACGAGGGCCAUCGCCACCUCGAAUGGUGGAUGUGCGACGUGGACGAUUGCAGACACACCUGCUACAGACGCGACAACUUUCUACAACAUCUUGUUCGUGAGCACAAAUUCGCCGAACCCAAAGUGAAGACCAAAGCAGCUAUCAAGAAGGCUGGCGGCGCUGAUCCUACCUGGCAAAAAGUUGAGAAGUGCCACGUCGAAACAUCUGGGCGACCACAGGAUGAGCCUUGCCGGUUCUGUGGGAAGACCUUUCCAACCUGGAAGAAGUUGACAGUGCAUCUCGCAAAGCACAUGGAGCACAUCAGCCUACCCGUGCUAAGACUCGUUGCUGCGAAGGACCUCCAGGAAGAUACGGUCAUCAGUCCUAUCCAGGAUCCGCCGCCACGAAGCUUCAACUCGAUUUCUACACCAGUGAAACAAGAAGCUCCUGUAGCUACGCCCCAGCGACCUCAUGCGUUCUCUAACCCCAUAGACUACAGUCCACAAAUUGCGUACGGCUUCCCAAACAGUGCACAUAAUCAUGUGCAGUCGUUCUACAAUCCGAACCCAACAAAUUCCCAUUUCUCUGGCAUCAACCAUAACCCUGCUGGAGACAUGGUCAUGAACCAAGUUACCCCAGGCUUCUCUCAACCACCAUACCAACAGUUGCCUGUCUCGGCUGGUCCACCAUAUAGCCACAGCGGCAAUGCAUACUUGCAAAUGCAGGGGCAACUGGAGCCAUUCCCAUCAUUUAACCCAUUGGGCCUUCAGGAUACGAGCGGAGGCCAAAUUCCCUUUGACACGAUGCAGAACCCCGUUAUAUCCAACGUGGACCAGUACAGCAACCAGGGUUCAGUGUCACCAUACUCACACUCUCCCCAUCAAGGCAACAAUGGGUUCUAUCAGCAUUAG